AGUAAUAAAAAAUUAUUCCUUUCCCAUAUAUACAAAAUGACUAUGAUGUAUAUUGUAUGUGGUUUCAGUAAUCAAUGUUAGUACUCCUUUCCUUUGUAUGCAAAUUGACCGUGAUUUACAUGUUUUCCAGUUGUCAGAAGUUUGAUACAUUUCAAGAGAAAUGAAGUCAUAUGAUAUGAUUCCGGAUCUGACAAAAGCAGUCUGGAAUGUAUUGGAACUUAGACUUCUGGUUUUAAUCAGUUUCUUCUUGCAAGUAUUCCUAAUAGUUUUUGGCAACCGAAGAAAAUGCAUAGCCGAUGCAAGGCUACAAGUCAGUGUCUGGUUGACCUAUCUCUCAGCUGAUUGGAUUGCCACUGUUGCACUGGGAAUGCUUUCCAAAGACAGCAAAAAUCCUGAAAAUGACCCCAACUUCAUAAUUAUGGCCAUUUGGGCACCCUUCCUUCUUGUACAUCUUGGUGGCCCUGACACAAUCACUGCCUACUCCCUAGAGGAUAAUGAGCUAUAUCUACGACACUUCCUUGGGUUAUUGUACCAGCUAUCAGUAGCAGGUUAUGUUGUUUACAUUUCAUGGAAUGGCAACAAGCUUAAUUAUGUUACCAUUCCAGUUAUGGUGGCAGGAAUAAUCAAAUAUGCAGAGAGGACUUGGUCCUUGUGGUUGGGAAGCAGCCAAAAGUUCAGAAAAUCCAUUCUCCCUCCUCCGGACCCAGGACCAAAUUAUGCCAAAUUCAUGGAUGACUACACUGCAAAAAAAGCUGAAGGAUACAAAGUUAAAUUAAAGGUUGAACCUACUUCCAUAGUAUUGGAUCAUUCUCCAGGGGCAAUAGCAAAUCACAAUGUAGCAGAUGCUUCUUCUUUACACGAUGGAUUCUAUUUCUUUACAAUUUUUGAGCGGCUAUUUGCAGAUCUCAUCCUUAGCAUUCAAGACCACCAAAACAGCCAACAUUUCUUUAAGAACAUAUCAUGGAAUGAUGCAUUUCAAGUGAUUGAGGUUGAGCUUGGAUUGAUGUAUGAUAAGCUAUAUACAAAGGCAGUGGUAACAUACUCUCGCCUAGGCUUUUUCCUCAAAUUUGUGAGCACUUUCUGCACACUCUCUGCAUUUGUUACAUUUUGCUGUCUGAUACAUAAAGCACACAUAGAUUAUGAGCGGAUUAUUACUUUGGUGCUUUUCGCUGGGGCUAUUUUUCUUGAGAUAUAUGCGGUCAUUGUUUUACUUUCUUCGAGUUGGGCAAUGCUUUGGUUAAGCAAGCGUAAGAAUUGGAAAGUGGAUCUUCUCCACAGGUCCAUCUCAUGUUUUCAAAGAUGUUUUAAACUCUCGCACACCAAGAGGUGGUCUAAUCUUGUGUCACAAUUCAAUCUCAUUAGUUUUUGCUUGAAAGAUGAGCCAGUCAGAUGCAUCAAAAUCCAGAAAUUCCUUCGCAUCUAUCAGUUUUUCGAGAAGUCUUACUACCAACACACACAAACUGUCCCCGGGGAAUUGAAAAAACUCAUAUUUGAACAGCUUUUGGAGAAGUCUGGGGAUGCAAAAGAUACCAAAGCAUGUAAAAAAUUAUGCGCUAACAGGGGUGAUAGAGUUCUUGACAAGUGGAACUGCCAUUCCAUUGCCUGGAGCACUGAGAUCAGAUUUGAAGACACAUGUGCGGAGGCCAGAGAAGUUUUGCAAGAAAGGAAGUACAUAUCAGACAGAGAUCAAGUUUUGGAAGUGAUACUGAGAGUGAAGACAGAUGUUCUACCAUCAGAGGUUAAAGGAGAUAGAAGCAAGUCUGUGCUGUUUGAUGCACGUAGGCUUGCUAAAUCGAUAGAGUCUUUAGAAAGAGAAAAGAAAUGGUCGAAAGAAGAGAAAUGGGAAAUGAUGAGUCAUGUUUGGGUGGAGAUGCUGUGUCAUGCAGCAAGCCAGUGUAGAGGGUUUCAUCACGCCAAACAGCUUAGCCGAGGUGGCGAGUUGCUUACCCAUGUCUGGUUUUUAAUGGCUCAUUUAGGUAUAACUGAACAGUUUCAGAUUUCACAAGGUCACGCAAGGGCAAAAUUGAUUCUGAGUUAAAAUUGUAUUGCUGAGUAUAUGCUUUAAGAAUUCUGUGCUGUUUCAUACAUGCAGAUUUCUAACUGCUUUGACUGCUGCUGGUGAAAUCUUGCGCUCUUACCUUUUUUUUAGCUUAUUGAAUCUCUCAUGAACUGUUUGAUUUAAGGUUUGCAAAUGUUCAAGAGGUAGUGUAGUUUUUCCGAAAAUGUGAUUCUUCCUUCGUGAUGUAGCUUGUUCUGUUACUGUAUUUUGGAUAAAUAAAUGCUAUCCUACUACACCUAUAA